GGUCAUCCUGCUGACCACCGGUGUAUCAUCCUGGCCAGGACGCAGAAGUCUAACCACCCCAGUCUGGCUGUGGGCAACAAACUAAAACUACAGGUUAGUGGAGUUUACCUCAGCCAUCUCGACAUGGAAUUCAUGCUGAUCAUUAUAUAAAUGGCCCUGAAAACAAAUAUAUUGCUAUACCUACCUGUAAAUGGGUAACAAUGUGCAUUAAAUUCAAUAUUCUAAUACAGUGUGUACAUAAAACGUAUUAAACUCGUCUGUAAAACCACAAUGAGGACAUCGACCCACUAAGCAAGUUUUCAUAAAUCAUUAGGUACAGUGCAAUAAAUACUUCAGAGUAAUCUGAAAUAUGGGCAUUAAUUCAUAUUCACAUUUACACUACCAGUCAAAAGUUUGGACACACCUACUUUUGGACACACCUACUAUGUUUGUGCUAAGAGUGUGCAAAGCUGUCAUCAAGGCAAAGGGUGGCUAUUUGAAGAAUCUCAAAUAUAAAAUAUAUUUUGAUUUCUUUAACACUUUUUUUGGUUACUACAUGAUUCCAUAUGUGUUAUUUCAUAGUUUUGAUGUCUUCACUAUUAUUCUACAAUGUAGAACAUAGUAAAAAUAAAGAAAACCCUGGAAUGAGUAGGUGUGUCCAAACUUUUGACUGGUACUGUACAACAUAACCUACAGUUGAAGUCAUAAGUUUACAUACACUUAGGUUGGAGUCAUUAAAACUUGUUUUUCAAGCACUCCACAAAUUUCUUGCUAACAAACUAUAGUUUUGGCAAGUCGGUUAGGACAUCUACUUUGUACAUGACACAAGUGAUUUUUCCAACAAUUGUUUACAGACAGAUUAUUUCACUUAUAAUUCACUGUAUCACAAUUCCAGUGGGUCAGAAGUUUACAUACACUAAGUUGACUGUGCCUUUAAACAGCUUGGAAAAUUCCAGAAAAUGAUGUCAUGGCUUUAGAAGCUUCUGAUAGGCUAAUUGAAAUCAUUUGAGUCAAUUGGAGGUGUACCUGUGGAUGUAUUUCAAGGCCUACCUUCAAACUCAGUGCCUCUUUGCUUGACAUCAUGGGAAAAUGAAAAGAAAUCAACUAAGACCUCAGAAAAAGAAUUGUAGACCUCCACAAGUCUGGUUCAUCCUUGGGAGCAAUUUCCAAACGUCUGAAGGUACCACGUUCAUCUGUACAAACAAUAGUAUGCAAGUAUAAACACCAUGGGACCACGCAGCCGUCAUACCGCUCAGGAAGGAGAUGCGUUCUGUCUCCUAGAGAUUAACGUACUUUGGUGCAAAAAGUAGAAAUCAAUCCCAGAACAACAGCAAAGGACCUUGUGAAGAUGCUGGAGGAAACAGGUACAAAAGUAUCUAUAUCCACAGUAAAACGAGUCCUGUAUCGACAUAACCUGAAAGGCCGCUCAGCAAGGAAGAAGCCACUGCUCCAAAACCGCCAUAAAAAAGCCAGACUGCGGUUUGCAACUGCACAUGGGGACAAAGAUUGUACUUUUUGGAGAAAUGACCUCUGGUCUGAUGAAACAAAAAUAGAACUGUUUUGCCAUAAUGACCAUAGUUAUGUUUGGAGGAAAAAGGGGGUAGCUUGCAAGCCGAAGAACACCAUCCCAACCGUGAAGCACGGUGGUGGCAGCAUCAUGCUGUGGGGGUGCUUUGCUGCAGGAGGGACUGGUGCACUUCACAAAAUAGAUGGCAUCACGAGGAAGGAAAAUGAUGUAGAUAUAUUGAAGCAACAUCUCAAGACAUCAGUCAGGAAGUUAAAGCUUGGUCGCAAAUGGGUAUUCCAAAUGGACAAUGACCCCAAGCAUACUUCCAAAGUUGUGGCAAAAUGGCUUAAGGACAACAAAGUCAAGGUAUUGGAGUGGCCAUCACAAAGCCCUGACCUCAAACCUAUAUAAAAUUUGUGGGCAGAACUGAAAAAGCGUGUGCGAGCAAGGAGGCCUACAAACCUUACUCUGUUACACCAGCUCUGUCAGGAGGAAUGGGCCAAAAUUCACCCAACUUAUUGUGGGAAGCUUGUGGAAGGCUACCCGAAACGUUUGACCCAAAUUAAACAAUUUAAAGGCAACGCUACCAAAUACUAAUUGAGUGUAUGUAAACUUCUGACCCACUGGGAAUGUGAUGAAAGUAAUAAAAGCUGAAAUAAAUAAUUCUCUCUACUAUUAUUCUGACAUUUCACAUUCUUCAAAUAAAGUGGUGAUCCUAACUGACCUAAAACAGGGAAUUUUUACUAGGAUUAAAUGUCAGGAAUUGUGAAACUGAGUUUAAAUGUAUUUGGCCAAGGUGUAUGUAAACUUCCGACUUCAAUUGUACAUAGGCAUUUCAUCAUUAAGUUGUCUGGAAUGGAAAUGUCAGACCUCCACCACCCGUCACCACCCCAGCCCUACUGUACAUCAGCCAGACCCUCACCAAGGUCAUUGUCCCACCGUGUGUGAGCCUGUGGUUGUGUCAAGUUGUCUGGAAUGGAAAUGUUCUUCCUUCACAACCAUAGAAACACAAACAAGCAUGUCUCUUAGCUAUUUAAAAUACUUCUCAAUCACCCUCUCCUCUCUUCUUCUCUGUUCUCAACUAAUCCAUCCUGUCUAACUUCUGAAGUCUUUCAUAGGAUUUCAUCAUCUCCUAUCCCCUUUGAAUCAACCCUUUUCCCACCCCUCAUUAGAAGUCUCCAUUGGCCUCCAGUCUCCCUUUUUGAAGGGAGUUGGAGCUCCAGACCUGGGUUCAAAUACUAUUUGAAAUCUUUCAAUUACUUUCAGCGUUUGCUCUAGCCUGCUCGGAGUGCCAGAUGGGCGGGAUUUGCGACUAUUCAAGUGGAUCCAUUGUGCCAGGCAAGCUCAAUCAAGCACAGCUAAAGUAUUUGAAAUGAUUUCGAAUAGUAUUUAAUUCCAGGUCCGCUUUGAACCGGUUUGAGAGGAGAAGAGCGGCGUGUUCUCUCUUUGAUCAUGAUGUUUAUGUAGAGGGCUCAGCUCCAGAUGUUGCUCAAUUGUUUCUGUUGCCACAUGCCUGCACUUUCACCAAGACUCAGACUUUCCUUUUAACCCGAGGAGUCAUGUCGUUUUUCUGUGUUGAAUAUGGUGGUGUUGUCAAAGCAAACCUAGCCAGGGGAAAAGAUGAUGAAAGUGUUAUUAUUAUGUAACAUCCACACUCCAACAGCUUAAUGAGCUUGUAGUUAUGUGAAUGUUGAUGGCAGGCCGGAGAACCCCAGAGCCUUCCCCAACACAGAAAAUGGGUGGUAUCACUUCCCUAGCUAGCAAGAUGAAGUUAAAGAUGGCAGUUGGAGAAAAACCAGAGGCCGACCAGCAGUAACAUGGAGUAGUAGGAGAUAGAAAACAUAUUUUAGACAGUUUUUCAUCUUGACGUUUGUAUUAUGGUUGAUCUGCAUAUGUAAAUGUUUGCCUGUAUUAUAGUUGAUCUGCAUAUGUGAAUGUUUGCCUCUUUUUAGUACAUUAGCAAAGUCAUUUCACUAGUGUGUGUGCUAGGGUACCAUAACGGGGUAUUAGGUAUUACCAGAAGUGCACACAAGGGACGCACAAAACAAAACAAUUUAAAGAACAUGGAUCUUGAUCUAGGAGGGGAUUGAUUGUCUGCUGUAACCAAUAAGCUUGAUCUUGACAUCUAGCCACUUAGCUAGCAAGUUAGCAAAACCAAAUUAUAGCUGGAACCCUGCUCUGUAUAUAAUUUAUUUGGCACAUUUUCGAUAGGUAACUUAUUUUUAAGGUAUUGAAAAUCAUAUAGUCGGUAUGUCUAAAUACCCCAGUAUGAGUGUCAAACCGAAUACUUUGAGCCCUUCCAGCACUCGAUCGCUCGAUAUGCGUGUUCACGAGUCAAUCUCAAACGCUAGUUGUUGAGUCAUCGAGGGCUCCUCUGAGUCCUUCCGAAGCCUCUAUCGACUGGGCAUCCUAUGCCGACUCGGCGCCCCUGGCAGCAACUUCUUCCCAUGAAUCUUACCAUGUUACCCAGCAACAACAGUCACUACUACGCCGCCCUCAAAAAUAGUCAGAAUAAAUCAAGAUAUAUCAAGAUAUCUGUAAAUAAUUUUGAAGUUUAAUUUCGAGGAUGUCUUAGUUACAUCUAGGUAAGGAGUUUCGUGUUUUUUAAAAAGUUUGAUCAUGUACAUAAACUGUCCAUUUAUUAACUAGCUAGCUCUGAGCCUGUGACUUCAUAUGAAACCAAAGAGAAGCUAACCAACCAGCUAGCUAGUGCAACACUAAAUGCAAUGCUCCUUCCAUAAGGAGGACUGACUGCUGGGAACAUGUCUACAACUUCAUCAGCAAGCUGUCAAACUAUCAUAAAUAAGUGACAAGCUACAUGCUGUUUAUCAGUGCAAUGCCCAACAUCCUUAGCUAGCUAGCUAAAAUUUCAUCCCUGUGUUUGUCAGUGAAGCUAACUAGCAGCAGGCAGGCUACAACAAGCUAAAACCAGUUGAUGAAAUCACUGGCGACUGAUAUACUUGCACAUAUUUUGUGCAGGAGUAGAGAAAUGUAGUUUUGUUUUUACAACAUUCUCACUGUCUAUCAGAGUAUGCUCCUGUGGGUGCCCCAGGUUCCCAGUACCCAUGUUUCGUAGCAAGUGAGUCAUGCUAUUUUGGAAUAUUGAUAAGUGGCAGUUGGGACGUUGAGUGCGCAUCGUCAAUGCUCAUUUUGGCCAAAACACUUGCAUACUCGAGGGAUCACUAUCGAACAGUAGCCCUUUAUCAAUUGGCGAAGGGGACAAGAUUUGGUUUUAGAUUCAGCCGGUACAAAGGGUAUAUCGUCCAAGCCUAGUGUGUACUGUGAAUGUUUGUUGUGAUUUCUGCUUAAUAUUUUUUUAAAUAUUUUACCCCGGUGUGUGUUUGUGUGAUGUCGUCAGUGUCCAGUGACAUCAUUAGAGGAUGUGACAUCAGGCCUGGUGCUGUGCUGCCUGGCUGUAGAUGACCUCUCCUUCUCCAAGAGGUUCUGUCCUGAGCUCAUCAACUUCCUGCUGGGUGUGCUACACCUGGCCAUGCCAGAUAAGACCUCUACAGGUACAGGUACUAGUGUGUUACUCUCUCUAUCUUCAUGAGUUAUUGUACUAUCUUCUCUUAUUGGACAAAUUCAAUUAGGUCCCUCCUCGUUUCUGCCUAUUUGCUUCCGUUUGGUUCCUAUCGAAUACGACCCAGUUAUCAGUCUACUACCAGGUGGGUCAGUGUUGGAGGCAAACAUCUGUGACACAAUCAUUCAUUUCUGGAGCAAACGAUUGCUGGAAUCUGCUUUAUCCGAUUUAAUGGUCCUUUGUAGCUCAGUUGAUAGAGCAUGGCGCUUGUAACGCCAUGGUAGUGGGUUCGAUUCCCGGGACCACCCAUACAUAAAAUGUAUGCACGCAUGACUCUUAGUCGCUUUGGAUAAAAGCGUCUGCUUAAUGGCAUGUGUUAUAUUAUAAUAUUAGAACACAGCAACAAACUGAAGUCUGCGAAGUCUAUCAGCAGGAACCGGCGUUUGAGAUCUUGACAUCUAGCAUAGCUUCAAUUCUGCCGAUGACGGCUUGGCAUGGCUGUGAAACUAUUUCACCGGGCCCUGCUACUGCCAUGGUGCCCUGACUGCACUCUGCAGCACUCUGCAGUAUUAGACUGUGGCUGGCAGACACAGCGAGGCAAUCACAGUGGAGACAGGCAGGCAGGCAGAAGUUGUUGGUUAUUUAUAAGUGUUCAUUAGGACCGCAGUGGACGAGCAGCGUUCUACUGCUCCAACGUCAGAUGUGAUGAAAGAGAGAGAGACCAGGCCUACAUGGCUGACUGAGUUGCAUAGCAGCACAUAAUAACACAUGGAUUGGCAUGUAAACUGACAUCACAGCGGGUGUGGCUGAUUUAUGGUACUACGCCGUGUCGUCUUCCUUCCCUCCAGGUUACUCAGUGGUGCCGCCCUUCAGGUAGAGCGGGAAGGACAGUGACCUGCUGGUGCUGUCAGACCCAGAGUCCAGCCAGACGUGGAGUAAGAAGAGCCUGCCUCUGUCUGCCAUGCUGCAGCUCACCCUCGCCACCGACCUGGACACGGACCACUACAGGUGAGACUGAGAGAGCAGGUCUGGAAGUGAUAUGGUGUCAGCUCCACCACUACACUGAUUGUACCUAUCCAGACCCUUCAGAUACACAGCUCCACCACUACACUGAUUGUACCUAUCCAGACCCUUCAGAUACUCAGCUCCACCACUACACUGAUUGUACCUAUCCAGACCCUUCAUAUACACAGCUCCACCACUACACUGAUUGUACCUAUCCCUUCAGAUACACAGCUCCACCACUACACUGAUUGUACCUAUCCAGACCCUUCAGAUACUCAGCUCCACCACUACACUGAUUGUACCUAUCCAGACCCUUCAGAUACACAGCUCCACCACUACACUGAUUGUACCUAUCCAGACCCUUCAGAUACUCAGCUCCACCACUACACUGAUUGUACCUAUCCAGACCCUUCAGAUACUCAGCUCCACCACUACACUGAUUGUACCUAUCCCUUCAAAUACACAGCUCCACCACUACACUGAUUGUACCUAUCCAGACUCUUCAGAUACACAGCUCCACCACUACACUGAUUGUACCUAUCCCUUCAAAUACACAGCUCCACCACUACACUGAUUGUACCUAUCCAGACCCUUCAGAUACUCAGCUCCACCACUACACUGAUUGUACCUAUCCAGACCUUUUUAGAUCUCUAUCUUGAACGGUUAGGCCCAAUGCUAAGGAGUAAGGAACAAAUUGGGCUGUGUGUCUUCAGAGAUCCGGCAGGCAGUGAGUGUGGGCACUGGGAUAAUUCCAAUUGGUCAGAAUUAGUCAGCAGUAUUCUAUUGCUCCUUCACACUACAUUUGUUGUGUAGGCGGAGGGUGAGGGAGGGAGGGUGAAGGAGGGAGAGGGGGAGGGGGAGGGAGAGUGAGAGAAAGACUGAAACAGUUUAGCAAAUAAGCCAUGUCCUAUGUUAUGUGCCAGGUCCUCCUCUGCCAUUAUCCUAGACCUUACUCUGAAUAAUAGGUUUAAUAAUGAGGUGUCAAACUCGAGUGGACCCCUCCUCUGAAGUUGUUGAGUGGGACGAUGUAGUCUGCACCCUAUUCCCUAUGUAGUGCACUACCUUUGACCAGGGCCAAUAGGGAAUAGGGUGCCAUUUGGGAUGCAAUUGUAGUGUAGGAGGAGCAGUGAAGAGGGUCAACGUGGAUGAAGUAGUGCUAUUCUGAAGAAUUGUCAUCAAGAUAUGUGCUGCUGUUAGUUGUAGGGCUGGCAUGGUAAUUGUAUAAUCGUGUAACUGACGAUUGUCAAAUCACAUUUUAUUUGGCACAUGCGCCGAAUUCAACAGGUGUAGAGACCUUAUCAUGAUUAUGGAGGAACGCCACCAUGAAAAUAAAAUAACCGUCAUUAUCGUUUUAAUGAACUUCAUUUUCAAGUCGACAAACUUUACCCAAAAGCAGUAAAGUAAAAGUAAUCCUGGUUCACAUCUAACAGUCAAUUAUCUUUCUAUUUUUUUGUAAUAAUAUUUUUACUUAUUUUUCUCCCCAAUUUUGUGAUAUCCAAUUGGUAGUUACAGUCUUGUCCCAUCGCUGCAACUCCCGUACGGACUCGGGAGAGGCGAAGGUCGAGAGCCAUGCGUCCUCCGAAACACGACCCUGGAGUAAGAAGAGCCGCACUGCUUCUUGACACACUGCUCGCUUAACCUGAAAGCCAGCCGCACCAAUGUGUCAAACACCGUCCAGCUGGAAACACCGUCCAGCUGGCGACCGAAAUCAGCUUGCAGGUGCCUCUUCCGCCACAAGGAGUCGCUAGAGCGCGAUGGGACAAGGAAAUCCCGGCCGGCCAAACCCUCCCCUAACCCGGACGACGCUGGGCCAAUUGUGCGGCGCCUAAUGGGUUUCCCAUCAUGGCCGGCUGUGACACAGCCUGGGAUCGAACCCGGGUCUGUAGUGACGCCUCAAGCACUGCGAUGCAGUGCCUUAGACCACUGCGCCACUCUCGGAGGCCAAACAGUCGGUUUCUAAGGAGAGAGGAGACAAAACUAGCCAGUUUUAGAAUGGUGUUGUGGAACAAACAGCUGACUGAAGGCUGCAGCCGAUGUGCUGUUGAGUCUGUUUCCGUGGCAACGUGGAAUCUUUACAAGGUGAUGAAACUUUGUUGCUGCUUGUUUUGGAGCAAAUGAGUAUCAUUAAAUACAUGCACCCAAUGCCUUAGUAAAAACAGCACCCACUCGGUGGCAGUCAGGAGCAAAGGAGAGGACUCCCAUGACUGUCACAACCCUAGUUAGUUUAUUUGAGCAGUAAUGAUACUGGCACCCACUUUACUGUUUUAAAUCAGUUGAUUGUUUCCUCUGAAACACACACACACACCCUCCACUAAUAAACCAUCUAUACCCAUAGCCACUGGGUGUGCGGUCGUAUCGUAAUUGUCUAGAUUAUUGUGGGGCUUACAAAGACCGAUGCAGGGCUGUGCUGUGUGAAUAGACGGCCAGUGUGUGUGUGCUGCGUGAAUAGACGGAGAGUGUGUGUGUGCUGCGUGAAUAGACGGAGAGUGUGUGUGUGCUGCGUGAAUAGACGGAGAGUGUGUGUGUGCUGUGUGAAUAGACGGAGAGUGUGUGUGUGCUGCGUGAAUAGACGGAGAGUGUGUGUGUGUGCUGCGUGAAUAGACGGAGAGUGUGUGUGUGCUGCGUGAAUAGACGGAGUGUGUGUGUGAAGUCUCAGCCGUGUGGUAAUUAUCAACAUUGUGUUAGCUGCUAGGAAUCAGCCUCAUGAGAUUAGAGAGAGUCAGUAUGACCCUGUAGGGUAGUGGACUGCAUUCACACAUUCCACCCCGGGCAAGAGAGAGAAGUGUGUGUGUGUUUUCUGUGUGUCGGAGUGAGUGAGUGAGUGAGUGAGUGAGUGAGUGAGUGAGUGAGUGAGUGAGUGAGUGAGUGAGUGAGUGAGUGAGUGUGUCCGAGUGUGUUUUUUCGUUAGUUCGCGUGUGUAUGUGCCUGUUUGUUGAAAUGGUCAUUAAAUCAGUGUGUACUUGUAUUCUGUCCUAAUGAUGUCCCCCCCCGUCUGUCCUCAGGCUGUCUCCUGUAGCCACAUCUUCCAGCCAAUCAGCACACUGCUCUCCAAACACCUUCCUGUCAAUACGUACACUACAGCCUGACAUGUGAGUGGAACUGCAUUGUCAGCCAGCCCUGGGCAAAUGUUGCUUUAUGGCGCUAAAUGAGUGUCCAAAAUCGAGCGUAGAAAAACAAAUGGUAUGUUUGUUUGCUUAAAAGAAGCAGUGGUCACUUUAGUGACCCUGUAUGUAACACUAUGGUCAGGGUCAAUUUCAAUAAGGAGAAUUGGAAUUUCAGUUUACUUCCUGAAAUGACUGACUUGAAAUCGAAUUGACCCCAACCCCGGACUACUCCUCAUUCCCCUGCCUGCAACUACAGUGAGUCCUUGUUUUUGUCCAUCACCAAAUGGGAAUAGCGGUCAAGCAGUAGAUAAAUGACCUUCACCAGAGGUCACACAGACCAGAAAGAUGCUUAUUCACAGCUCACCCUCAAUGAAAUGUAGGCUAUUUCACCACUAGUUGUCAAUGAUUGUAAGUUGUCUUCCACAUGUUUUUGUAUAGGAGGUUUUCCACUACACAAUGGAAUGUAUUCUAAACAUGUACGAUCUUCUAGCUGGUUAGUGAGUGGAUGGUAUCUGACAGCAAAACACAAUGUUUCCAAUGAACACCCUUUUAUAAUUUUUACCGACGCAAAGCAGAGCUUCCUGUUUUCCUUUUAUCUGUGGAUGUUGACUGACUGAUUGAACUCAUAUUCGACAGCUGUAAUAUAACUGAUAUAACCUUGUACUUUGUGUUUCUUUUGUUGUUCCAGGAGGAUCAUGGGGAAGUCCUUGCAGCCAUAUCCGGCUCCCAGACAUCACGUCCUCCCCUGGUGUUUGAGAAGAAGAAACCCAUUCCUCUUAAACUGUUCACAACAAAGAUUGUAGAAGUGUGAGUGAGACAUCUCUGAAUUCAGUUAUUUGUGCCUUUCUGAAGAUUGGGAUAGAGAAGGACGAUAUUCCUCUGUAGUGUCACCUUAACUCAUGUUGCUCACACCAAAGAUAGUAGAAAGAUUGUGGAAGUGAGAGAGAGUUGAUUUGAGUUAGUUGGGAAGCAUUACUCCUUGAAGAUUUAGGUAGUGGAACUAUUUCCUCGUUAGUGUGUUACCUUCACUUAACAUUUUUAUAUUUCUUUUUACAUGGCAUUCAUUUGAAACUUUCUCUCGAUUCUUCUUAUUUUUCUCUCUCUAGGCUGGACUAUGGGAAGAGGUGAGGGAGAAGGAGAGGUUAAACCACAACUAUACGAAGGAGUUUAAGGGAGCUCUGAGAGAGAUCCGUAAAGACACCCGCUUCCUGGCCUGA